AUGCAGCAUCAUGAUACUCCUACAAAGACUGAGGCUGAGAAAGAACUUCAUAGCUUGCUAAACUACAAAUAGUCUUAUUUCUUGUUCAACGACACUGAAUAUGUAUUCCCAAAGCUUAAUCUAAAAAAUAAGACAAACAUUCCAAUUGGCCCAAGUGAAGACUAUUGCAUUCAUCUAUGGUGGAGACAACAAAAUAGAGAUAAAACCUAUGAUCAGCCAUUUUUAAAUGUGACUGAGCUACCUAAAUGCGAGAAUAGUAAAUAGCAAACAAAAUAUAAAUGGGGGCUAAAUGAAUUUGAUCAUGGUGUAAGUUUCUAAGCUUGGAGAGAAACAUAAUAAAAACUAUGGUGUGCUAACUUUAGCUGUGAAUAUGAUUGUUCUUUCCAUGGCGGUAUUUAUAGAAAUGGCACUUGCUAUAAGUAUGAGAUACUAAGAAGACUAUGCAUCAAAAUAGACUUUGAUAGAGACUCUAAGGAAGAUUAGAUAGAAUUCUAAGGAGGGUGCUAUGAGUCAGAUGAGGUAGGAUUAUAUGAGCAAGCAAAGCCAAACGAAACUUAUUCGCUUGAAUACAUCCCGCUUGAAGUUAGGCAUAAGUAAGAUCCAUAUAUAGUCUAUGCUGAGAGUCAUUAUAACCUGGGGAGAGAUCUCAGUAUCUUCUUCUGGCUAUCAGUGGGAUGCCUUGCAUCUUCCCUAUUUUUAACUGUUCUUCUAUCAUUCUGCUUCUGCUUUAUCAUAAAAAAUAGUGAUAGAAAUAAUAGAAAAUAUGUAAGAGAGGAUCUCAAUUGA